UUAGUUGCCGCUUUUCUAAUGGAAAACCCUCCAAAGCUUCCAUUGAAGUUUCAAAUCCUUCUCCGUCUCCACUCAUUCGCCUCCUCCAUCGGUCGCCGCCCUAACAUCACUGUCAACCGUUGCUUAACAAACCUCUUCGACCCCAAAUUUUCUCCAUCUUCUAAACCCAACAAUGGCGUUUCGACUCACGACAUUGUUUUCGACCCCUCUCGCAAUCUCUGGUUUCGUCUCUUUGUUCCAUCUUCGGUUUCUGAUGAUGUUAGUCUACCUGUUGUAGUGUACUUUCACGGCGGCGGGUUUGUGUUUUUUUCUGCUAAUUCGAUGCCGUACGAUGAUCUUGGUCGGAGACUUGCACGUGACCUCCGUGUUGUCGUUGUAUCGGUCAAUUAUCGUCUCUCUCCCGAGCACCGGUAUCCACUUCCCUAUGAAGAUGGAUUUGAUGGUUUGAAAUUUCUCGAUGAAAUGGGUUUUGAUUCUGUCGUUUUUCCGGCUAAAGCUGAUCUUGGUCGGUGUUUUCUCGCCGGAGAUAGUGCCGGUGGCAACUUGGCCCACCACGUCGCCGUCAGAGCAGCUGGUUAUGACUUCAAGAAGGUGAACAUCAAAGGCUUAAUAGCAAUACAACCAUUUUUUGGCGGAGAGGAGAGAACAAAUUCAGAGGUUCAAUUCAGCAAAUCCCCAAUGUUAAGCUUGGAACAAGCUGAUUGGUACUGGAAAGCAUUUUUGCCAGAUGGGUCCAAUAGAAACCACCCAGCUGCACACGUGUUCGGCGCCGGUGCCGGAGACCUUCCCGGCGAGAAGUUUCCGACGACGCUGCUAAUCGUGGGAGGACGAGACCAGUUACGAGAUUGGGGGAUGAAGUACUACGAGUGGCUUAAAGAGAGUGAUAAAGAAGUGGAUUUGGUUGAAUAUCCAAAUGCCAUCCAUGGGUUUUAUGCUGUUCCUCAGCUCAAGGAUUGUUCUUUGCUCAUUAAAGAUGUAAAUGAUUUCAUGCAGAAAUGUUUGGUACUCUAGAUUGUGUUCAUGUUUAAGCAUGAAUUGACGAAAAUAUUGGGUUUUAUUUGAUUUUGAUUUAUGUUUUGUUUGAUACAAUAACUUGGAAGGUUGAAAUUUCA